GCAAACGACCAUGGUCCGUGCACUUCAAGGCCCCGCGAAAAGCAGCGCACAAAAUUAAUUCUCCCCAAAAUCAUAUCGAAAUCGUCAACCCGUGCCUUUGACAAGUUUCCGUUCAACCCAUCCACCUUGAACUACCGCCAAGAUGCCUCAAGAGGUCGCCGAUAUCAAGAAGUUCAUCGAGAUCUGCCGUCGGAAGGACGCCUCCUCCGCGCGGAUCAAGAAGAGCCAGAAGACCAACAACAUCAAGUUCAAGGUCCGCUGCCAGAAGCACCUCUACACCUUGGUUCUCAAGGACACCGACAAGGCCGAGAAGCUCAAGCAGAGCCUUCCCCCCAACCUGCAACUCACCGAUGUCUCCAAGAAGACCAAGAAGUCUGCUUAAGAAGGUGGUUUGAAUAACGGGUUUACUCUGGGUGUGGGAGGAUUUCACAUGCACGAAUGGGCGUCUCGGGAUACCUUGCAUUUCAUCAUGUGCU